AUGUAUCCGAAUACUCUGGAGACAAAUGAUAGCAAAGGAGCCAAACAUUUAGAUAGUGUUCACGAAUGCGAUGAACUGUCAAACCCGGACAACUCGACCACCAAACAGGAGUCGUGUCCCGGAUUUUUUGGUGUCAAAUCAUAUUUGCAUCACUUCUACGAACAGGUGUCCGUCAAGAAUCCACAACUUUAUGAAGAAUAUGAAGAAUACAAUAAUUUCUAA